CAUAAACACAUUGAUAUGUUACUGUCAGAACCAUGAUAAUGUUGGCUGUUCUACAUGUAUGGCAGUUGAUCACAGAUUAUGCAAGGAUACAUUCUACAUACCAGAAUUUAUUCAAAACAAUACUUACCAAGUUGAAUCGAGAGACAUUCAAACAAAACUCAAGGAAAUAGCCAAGACCCUUGAAAAACAAGCUAAUACAUUUAAACAAGAUAAACAAAGUCUGUUAAAGAGGAAAGCAGAACUACUCGCUAAUAUCAGAAAAUUCCGACAAGAAAUCAAUGGCCAACUUGACAAGCUGGAGAAAAGUUCUAUUGAUGAGAUAGAAAGUAAAGUCAAAUGUCUUGAAGACAAAAUCGAAGACGGCUUAAAACAGCUACAAGCACACAAGUCCAAGAUUAGAUCAGCUAAUGAUAAGUUAGCAUCUACAAACACAAAUCAUUCUGAAGUGUUUGUUUAUGUGAAGAUGGGAGAAGAUGCUGCAAAUGUUGCCAACAAAUAUAUGGAGCAUGCCAAAAUAAAAAGUACAGUAGAUGACAUAGAGUUUCAACCUGACAGAACAAUUCUUACACAGUUAGAACAAAGGAAGGCCCUAGGCACACUAUCAGGGAAACCUACAAAGCCUGCUGUUAAUUUAUUUCAGAUUAAAGGAAAUCAAUCAUAUAAUGUAAAAGUAAAGUCAGAUAUAUAUGAUUGUAAUAUCGCUAGUGCCUGCUGUAUGGAAGAUGGUACAAUAGUUCUAGCUGAUCGCGACAACAGCAAACUUAAACGUUUACACAGUUAUAACUAUACUGUCACAGACUACUGUGAUCUACCUGGAGAGCCAUCUCAAGUGUGCCUGAUCAAUAACACACAAGUAGCAGUAACUAUUUCAUUAGAAAAGAAAGUUCAUUUCAUUUCUCUAGAAAGAAAAAUGAAAACAACAAACAAGCUUAAAACUGAUUUCAAUUGUUAUGGUCUUGCAUACUCCAACAAUAAUUUAUAUAUUGCAGAUAAUGACACAUCAGUAUAUAUGUAUACAUUGUCAGGUAGGAAACUUAAUCAGUUCAGUAAGGAUCAAUCAGGACAUAAGUUGUUCUCUGACAUAGACAGUUUAGCUGUCAGUAAGGAUGCUACUAGGAUUUAUGUUGCUGAUUACAAAAAUGGACUGAUAGUACUGGACAACAAUGGUCUGGUUAUUACAUCAUUUAAUGAUGAUGAACAAUUAAAGGGGGCUGGAUGUUGUUAUCUCACUGAAACAGGUAGUGUGCUGGUAUCUGGAUAUCACUCCAAAAAUGUUUUACAGUUUACAUGUGAUGGUGAAGUGAUAAGAGAGGUUAUAAAAGCUGAUAGAAGAAAAGGGAAUACAUGUAUUAGAUCAGUCUGUUGUAAUCAACAAAUGACUAAGAUGUGUAUAAGUAGAUUUGGAGUGAACAACAUUGAAGUGUAUGACAUUUAAUCAGUUAAACAAAUGUUUCACAAGAGUAAAAUAAACAUGUUUUUAAAUAUAUGCCUCAAGCAAAAUGUAUGCAAAGAGUAUAACAUGUUUUAUUUAUUAUAUGUGAUAAUUUCUUUUGGAAUUCCCAUUUUCGAAUUUAUCUGGUUUAAUUGUUAUUUGUUAUAUUACAAGAAAACUACUUAAUUGUUUGAACAAUAUGAAAUAAGUCAUAUGAUGUGAGUAUUUAGAGAUUUAAUGAGUUCAAUAAAUUUAGAAAUAAAUAAAUUAUAAAUUUUUAUUUAUUACGGACCCAAAAUAAGAAUGGUAAACAGUAAAAAAGAGUCAUUCUUUUCAUUGAUGCACAUAUAGUGUAAUGCUAAUAUUUAGCCUAUUUUGAUGUCUGAAUAAAACAAUGAUGUCAUGUUACAUUGUGGUUAUAUUAGUGUAAUAUUCAUUUUCAUUUAAUGGCUUUUUUAUACUUCUGU